GCACAAAUCACAUGCAAAAAAGUCUGAAAUUUUCUUGAUAUUCCUAUCCAUAUAUAUAUUCAAUUGGAUUCGAGAUAAGAUGGCUGGAGGCCUUAGAUCUGUGGCAGGACUUCUUCUGUUGCUCAACUUUUGCAUGUAUGCUAUAGUGUUGGGGAUUGGUAGCUGGGCCAUGAAUAGAGCUAUUGAUCAUGGUUUCAUCAUUGGUCCUGGAUUAAAUCUGCCAGCACAUUUCUCACCAAUCUCGUUUCCGAUGGGGAACGCUGCGACGGGAUUCUUUGUGAUAUUCGCCAUGAUUGCCGGGGUGGUCGGCAUCGCCGCCGCUAUCUCGGGCCUAAACCACCUCCGCCGCUGGGAUGGCGGUAGCUUGUCCGCCGCCGCCACUGCCGCCACCAUUUCCUGGACCCUUACAUGCCUUGCCAUGGGGUUUGGAUGCAAAGAGAUUGAACUGAACACCAGAAACGCACGUUUGAAAACAAUGGAGGCUUUCAUGAUUAUUUUGUCUGCAACUCAACUCUUAUACAUAGCUGCAAUUCAUGGAGCCGCUUCCAUGUCAAGGAUUUGACCACAUCAUGCGUGUCUGUUUUUGUGCUACUGAUUUGUGAAUUGUUUUAUAUUUAAUUAAUUUUUCAAGUUACAUAUUCUUGUACUAGAUUCUUCUUGUUGUAAGGUUUGCAAAUCAUCUCGUAUUUAUCCAUUAAAAGCUUGUUUGGA